AUGAAGAUUUUAAUCGUUCUAGCUGUAAUGGUGGCUUCUAUAAUAGCUGAACCUCCAGUUGACAAUAGGUACUUGCCUCCACAACAACGAGGCUCGUCAGCACCGUCCCAGACAUACGGUCCUCCAAAUUCGAGUCCCGGGUUCGGUGCUCAGAGGCAGACCGACGCUGUUUUCGGAAGUCGCCCAUCUCAGUCCUACGGAGCCCCAUCUUCUCGUAACUCCCGUCCCUCAUCGACCUACGGAGCCCCACAGCCCCAGAGCCCUUCCAGCCAAUAUGGAUUACCAUCAGCAUCAUCUCAAUUCAGAUCUCAACCAUCUUCUCAAUACGGUGCCCCUGAAUUUGGGCAAAAUAGACAAAAUGGACGCCCAAGAACACCAAGCAGUCAGUAUGGUGCCCCAAGGUCUGCUCCUUCGCAGCAAUACGGUGCUCCAGGAUCUGGAAGUGUUGGAGGUGGUCAAUACUCUGGAGCCUCCAAUGACUUUGGAGCUGCACAAAGCCGUGCCUACCUGCCUCCUGGACGUGGUGGUUACAAUGGGGAUGAUGGCUCUAACGGGGAGCCAGCCAACUAUAACUUCGAAUAUAUGGUAAAAGAUGAGCAGUCAGGCAAUGACUUUGGUCACCGUGAGUCAAGGCAGGGCGACAGAGCAGAGGGAGUGUAUUAUGUGGUGCUACCGGACGGCAGGAAACAGACUGUGGAAUACGAAGCCGAUCAAGAUGGCUACAAGCCAAGGAUCUCUUACGAGGAUGUAGGGACCGGCGGUUACGAUAGGAACAGCCAGUCCGGUAGGAACCAAGUCGGUUACCAAGGGAACGACGCCUACCAAAACCAAGGCUACCAGAACGACGGUCCGUACUAAACAUCACUUUGUUAUUGUUUAAUUCGAUGUUAUUUUAUUAAAUAUAUUUUUAUUAUUAAGUUUAUGACACUUAAAAGUUUUAGCUGGAUGUUUGACAAAUGAACAUUGAGGAAUGUUAGGAAAGAGAAAAAUUAAUUAUUAAUAAGAGCUUCAAAAUAUAAAUACAACGAGUUGCAUAUUAUAUUUAUUUCAUUUAAUUACUAAAUACACAUUUAUUAUGACCCGAGCAACUUCGCGUUACAUUUUCGCAGUUUCUGCAACAUUUUUCAUUCCUGCUCCGCUCCUAUUGGUCGUAGCGUGAUUUUAUGUAGUCUAUAGUCUUCCUUGAUAAACAGGCUAUCCAACAGUAAAAGAAUUUUCAAAAUCGGAUUAGUAAUGUAGAAGAUUGUCCAAACCAAACUCAAAAGAGAGGCAUUACCUCUCUUAUGAGUUUGGUUUAUUCCUCUAUAUAAUAUUAGUACAGAUAAAAAAUUACCUAAAAAUUCUUGUAUU